AUGACUAUCUGGGACUCUCUGACCGGUCGGAAAUCGUCCUCCUCCACGUCGACCUCCGCAGAUAGCUCCCAUACCCUCCAGGACACAGCAGGCACCUUCCAACCCGCGCCUUUCGACCCAUCCACGGCGCAGGAUGUCUCAUCAUUCCUCAACGACACUGCGGCCUUCGACCCAUCGGCGCUACAUCCCCUCGCAGGCCUGAACCAAGAUACCCUCGAUUACCUAAGCCUCGAAGAAUCCACCUUAUCAGACCUUCCCGGCAGUCGCUCUGCUUUACCAUCGCGAGGCUGGUCCGACGAUUUGUGCUAUGGGACUGGAGUGUCAUAUCUGAGCGCGCUGACGCUAGGAGGCGCAUGGGGACUGGCGGAAGGACUCAACAAGACAUCCGCUACACAAUCUCCGCGAUUAAGACUGAACGCGGUGCUGAACGCGGUGACACGACGGGGACCCUUCCUUGGAAACAGCGCGGGCGUCAUUGCUCUGGUUUACAAUGGCAUAAACUCCACCAUAGGCUACUACCGAGGGAAGCAUGAUGCCGCCAAUAGUGUGGUGGCAGGCGCUAUAUCCGGGGCUAUAUUUAAGUCGACUAGAGGGAUCAAGCCAAUGAUGAUUUCUGGAUCGAUCGUGGCCAGUGUGGCGGCUGCUUGGGCGGUGACCCGGAAGGUGGUCUUCUCAUAG